AUGACUCAAGACGUGGAGAUGAAGGAGCAGCAGCCUGCCUCCUCAAACUCCGUCCCACCCACUUCGCCGUCCACUCUUCAGCAUUUGAAGGACAUCGCUGGAUUGAUCGAGGUGGGGGCUUACACUCGAGAGGUUCGGAGGAUUGUGAGAGCUAUUCGGUGGACAAUUCAGCUGAGAAAGAAGCUACAGGCUUCUCAGAUUUCUGCUUUUCUCAAAUUUUCCUUUGUGCCCGGAUCUGAGGUGCAUUCCCGUUUGUCCUCAUAUGUUCCUCAGGAGGGUGAGCAAGACAUGGAAAUCGAUAGCGCAAAUUCUGGCCAAGGCUUGCUCUUUAGCUGGCAUUGCUCGUUUGAGGAAUGUCAUAGAAGAACAGUUGAUGUCCUAGCAGCCAGGCUCUACUGCUACUUCUCCUUAAGUUACGAACUUACUGGCAAUCUUGCUGAAAUACGAGGUGAUCUUCUUGCUUUGCACCGAACUGCAACUUUGCGCCAUGAUGAGUUGGGGCAGGAAACUCUUUUGAAUCUUUUACUGAGGAACUACCUUCAUUACAACUUGUAUGAUCAAGCAGAGAAGUUGAGAGCAAAGGCUCCACAUUUUGAGGCUCAUUCAAACCAGCAGGCAGAUCCCAUGCAUCGUUCUCUUUACUUAUGUUUCAGAAUGUACCUUUUUUACCUUGGUAAAAUUAGGACAAUGCAGUUGGAGUACACUGAUGCUAAAGAGUCUCUUCUUCAAGCUGCCAGAAAAGCACCUGUGUCUGCUCUUGGUUUUCGGGUUCAAUGCACCAAAUGGGCUGUGAUUGUCCGCUUACUGCUCGGCGAGAUUCCAGAAAGAACUGUUUUCAUGCAGAAAGGGAUGGAGAAAGCCCUGCGACCCUACUUUGAGCUUACCAAUGCAGUUCGUAUCGGUGACUUGGAGCUCUUCAAAUCCGUGGCCAACAAAUUCGCUGCCACAUUCGGAUCCGAUGGCACCAAGAACCUUAUCGUUCGGCUACGCCACAACGUUAUCCGCACGGGCCUCCGCCACAUCAGCAUUUCCUACUCGAAAAUCUCAUUAUCCGAGAUUGCCCGAAAGCUGAGGCUCGACUCACCCAACCCCAUAGCCGAUGCUGAAAGCAUCAUCUCGAAGGCCAUUCGAGACGGAGCAAUCGAGGCUUCUCUCGACCGAGCUAACGGGUGUAUGGUGUCCAAGGAGACGGGCGAUAUCUACUCCACAAACGAGCCCCAAUCGGCCUUCAACUCGAGGAUUGCCUUUUGUCUAAACAUGCACAAUGAGGCCGUUCGGGACCUGAGGUUCCCGCCAAAUACGGAUAAGGAGAAGGAGAGUGCGGAGAAGAGGAGGGAGAGGCAGCAACAGGAGCAGGAGCUAGCCAAGGUUAUAGCUGAGGAAGAUGACGAUGAGUUUUGA